UUUUUCCACUACUCCCAAGGUCAAGAGUACCUUGGGGAUUAUCCACCAUUUAAUGGCAGAAUCAGAUAGGCUGGAGACCUGGACAAGAAAGACGCAUCAAUCAACAUAGAAAGUAUGCAGUUUAUACAUUGGCACCUAUACCUGUAAUGUUAACCGCCCCCCCCCAACACUGUUGUCCAGCCAGGGCACAUUAGGUUCCAUGUUGUAGAGACAGGAUUCUGCCCAAUGUUUCCAGUUUAAGUGGUUGUGGGUAUUGUUUCUGCUGUGGUCCUAGGUCCCACUCUACUCAUCAGUAUGAUUCUGGCUGCUCUCUAUAGAAGGAAGAACUCUAAACAGGAUUACACUGGGUGCAGUACAUCAGAGACUUUGCCACUGAUUAAGCAGGCUCAACAGGAGUAUUCCUCUGAAACAGAGGAUCCAGUAAAGAGUCUGCCUUCUGGGUCUCCUCAGGGCCCAUUAAAACAUGCACAGCUAGAUCACUCUGGUGGACACCACAGUGACAAGAUUAACAAGUCAGGGUCUGUGGUGUAUGCUGACACUCAGAAAAAUUAA